AUGGGAAGCAGUGUCCGUCGCGUCGAUGUCCGGUGUAUGCGCUGGGGAGGACGUCUGUGGCGCGCCCGACGCAUCCACAUUAAGAUAAUCGAAUGUCCGUCCAUUCAUUUACGUUCGACACGAAUAACGAUACGACAACUGUGUCGUCAGUAUCCUCUCGAGGGACUUGACCCGAUGGGAGUGCGUAAUGGCUACUCAUGCGUACCGGUGGCGUUAGCUGAUGGCCUGGAUAUCAAGCUUGGUACAGCAGUCACGGACAUCCAGUAUGGAGGGCCAGGAGUUACUGUUAAGGCUGUCAGUACACGGAAUCCAAGUCAACCGCAAACCUUCAAAGGUGAUGUUGUACUAUGUACACUGCCCCUGGGCGUGCUGAAGGUAGCCGUGGCGAACAAUGGACAAAACCAACAGAACUUCGUCAAAUUUGAUCCUCCAUUACCCGAUUGGAAGGUAGCAGCUAUCAAACGACUUGGUUAUGGAAAUCUAAACAAAGUAGUUCUAUGUUUCGAGCGAACAUUCUGGGACCCGAGCGCAAAUCUCUUCGGCCAUGUUGGAACGACUACUGCUAGCAGAGGUGAAUUGUUCCUUUUUUGGAACCUGUACAGUGCACCGGUUUUGUUGGCACUGGUGGCAGGGGAAGCAGCAGCUGUGAUGGAAAAUGUCACGGAUGACGUCAUUGUCGGGAGGUGCAUCGCCGUUUUGAAGAGUAUUUUUGGCCACGCUGCAGUGCCCCAACCGAAAGAAUGUGUUGUCACCAGAUGGCGCGCGGAUCCAUAUGCUCGUGGCUCUUACAGUUUUGUGGCUGUUGGUUCAUCUGGUACCGACUACGAUCUAUUGGCAGCCCCAGUUCCAGGGGCACCUGGAGAGAAUAGACUAUUCUUUGCCGUUCAAAACUUCAAAGUAUUUGUUGCAAACAUGAUAAAGGAACAAAGUUCUAAAAUCCAGACGUUGCUCAAGAAAAUUCAGACAAACGCCCAAUCUGUGUUGGAGAAAAUAGACAAUAUGAAACAAGACACCAAACUAAAUAAAAGAAAACUCGAUAUCAAAACGAAUAGCGGCAGAGACGGACAUCAAAUCGAAUCACCAGUACUGAAAAGUAAUGAAUUGAUCGAUACUUCGGUUGAUGUGAUUGCGGAAUCGAGAAAUUUUAACAAUCACUAUGGGUCUUCGGGCUAUGGAGUAAGCGGAAAUGCAAACUAUGGAGCUCCAACGUAUCAUCAUCAUUCGAUUGGAUUUGAUCCGAUUAACAUAG